AUGAAUUCAAUAUUAAAUUUUCGUGAUGUCGGAGAAACUGUUAAAGAAUUGAAUAUAGAAAAGAUUGGAAAAAUCAAGAAGGGAAUAUUAUUUCGUAGUGGAGAAUUAGGUAAAAUCGAAGAAUUAUUUAAAACAAAUUUAAUAAUUAAGAAUGACGAUAGAAAUGAACAAGCUAUAGAAAAAAUAGAAAAACUUGAUAUUCGUACAAUUAUUGACUUACGAUCCGGGUCAUAUGAAAAUCAUAAAGAUUCUUUGAUAGCAAUUAAAUAUCCUUACGUAAAUUAUCCUUCUGAUGAAGUUUAUGAUAUGCACCUUUUCUUAGUCAAGUCAGCGAAAUUAAUGGGACAAAGUAUAGCAUCAAAAGGAUUAAUGGGAAUGUACCGAAAUCUUUUAGAAGCCUGUGGUGAGCAAAUUAUUAAGAUUUUUGAAAUUAUGACAGUUAAAUCUAAUUUACCAAUUUUAAUACAUUGUAAACAUGGAAAAGAUCGUACUGGAGUAGUAAUUGCAUUACUAUUAUCAUUAUGUGAAGUUGAUGAUGAAUUAAUAGUUCAAGAUUAUUCAAUUUCACAAAGAAAUUUAAUUAGCGUGCAUUCAACAAUUAUUAAAGAUAUGGGAAGACUGGGAUUACCAGAAAGUUUUGCUGAGGUUCCUCCUGAUGUAUUUGUGACUGUACUGCAAAAAAUACAACCAUUUGAUUAUUGCACGGUUUUACAAGCAUACGCUGGAACGGGGAGAAAGAAAGAACUCGCUAUGGGAGUGAUAUCGUGCGUUUGUUUUACAGUGAACUCUCUAUAA